GCUUACUUAGUGGUCACUCUGAUGAGCACGCGCGACACUUCCUGGAAUUACGGGUGCAGAAUCCUUCGAUCCAGACCAUGGCGUCGCAAAUGCGUUUCUCACUGGAGGACGACAUGGGAGAGUUUCUGGAGGCGCGCACCGACCACAACGCCACCAUGUACUACCUGACUAAGGCUGCCGUGCGCAUGGGCAUCAACACGCUCUUCAACAUCACCGAGCCCAAUCAGGGCAGGCGUCUGCUCAUCAACGCAAGGAUGCCGGACCAGUACAGAUUCGGCCUAGUGGGCAAAAACAAGCUGUUGGUUCAUGUGGACGACCUGCUGCGCUACCUGUGGCGAAACAAGGCGACCGACUUCGUGCUUCAGGCCAUCGUAAAGCUGGCUCUGACGCUUUCGAGUAUCAUCUUCGAGGACGACUCUGGCACCGACGUGCGAGAGCUCGAGCACUACGUCUUGCCUCCGGGCAACUUCAGGAUCGGCGAGAUGAUCGUCAGCAGUGUGCCUGACCAGGUGAACCUUAAGCACAAUGUAGAGGCGACCAUCUUCCAUGGAGACGUUAUCUCUCAGGCGGAGGCCGCGCUGCAGGCGGAAAAGCGGGAGACUGCCAACCUUUACCUGCUGGUGAUGUUCUUCGACGAGUACCUGAGGCUGGUGACCGGCUCGCAGAAGACGUACGAGGAGGCCCUCAGCUGCACACUGCUUGGCGCCAAGCUGUUCCCGCCUCAGUACGGCGCCUCCGAAGCGGCAUUCUUCUACGACCAAACUGUGGCACGCGAGCUGCGUGAGAUCUUCGAGAACGCGAAGCUUCUCGGCCAUCGAUCCCAUCUACUGGAUGCUACGUCCAAACCCGCAUGGCUUUCCUCAUCCGGCCUGUGCCUCUUGGAUGGGCAUGGUAAUCCUCGAGUUACUCCUGUCCUGUGGCCAUGGCGUGUCUGCGGCAUGAAGGGUUCACCUCCUGGUUUUUGCCUCUAGCUUGCCUUCUGGUGAAUGCAUCGUACAGGAAAAUCCAUUGCUGUGGUCUGCCCUUCAGUCUUCACUCCAUGUGAGGACUCCAGUCAACGUUGCUGUUUGUCAUCACUCUACUGUGACCACCAACAGAUGAAGUGUGGGUGUUGCCUCCGUGAGACAUGCCCGUGAUCUCUGGAACCACCGUGGGCUACUAGCUGCCCUUAAACGGCUGUGCAACAUCUUCACGACGUUGAUCUACAACCUAUUAUUAAAAACAGCUGUUUCAAGGAUAGUCACAGGACUUACAUGAUCUAUUGUGCCUCAAAAUGGUACGCUUUCCAUUGGCCAUACAGUGAAUCUAGUGUUUUAGCAGCUGUGUCAAUUGUAGACCAAUAUUGUGAAUUUAAUCGCACAAGCUUAAAAUUUUGUACAAUUUUUCACCAUUCCGCUCGCAUAUUUCAUGACCAUAUGCAACUGGAGUGUGAUCGGCAGACCCAUGUGCAUGUUUUAAGUCAUGAUAGAGGCAUCCGUUCGCAUUGUGCAAUGUAGCGGCAUAUUGAUGCUGGUUUGCAUCAAACUGAAUAAAAAGCUGGCCAACUUGGUACAGAUUCAUCCCUCUGUAUGACAAAGAGCCUACAUUCUUGGUGUGCACGUGCGUUUAGCAUCUCUUGGGCAACACUGUUUCAGUUCAGUCAUACACCGCUCAACUCGGUGCUCCUUUGAUUCGGUCUUGGUGUUAUUGUGUGGGUGCUUUCAGCAAGCCCUCUGUACCAAUAAGUAUUUCAGCUGAAGCAUCACCAGUCGUUGGGUGCGAGCUAUAGUGUUUUAGACACGUGCUUGCAAUUCGCGUCUUCAUCCAAGUACCCAUUGCACCUUUCCCUAAUGUUUCUGCUGGUAUAUGUUUUACAUCUUGGCAAUCAACAUUGCAUGCUUUGGUCUUGUCAAUGAACAUGUAAAAGCACAAAGGUGCUUUUACAUGUUCAUGUAAAAAAGAGCACAGUGCGACUGCACGGCAGUGUGGGCGCAGGCCAUAAUCAUGGAAAAAACUUGCAGUGCAAUGGGAGACUGUUUGAACGUGUUUAACUCGUAAUGUUUACCUUUUUAUUUAGUCUGUUCCCGCUAUACAAGGUCAGGGGUCAAUGAUUACAGUGUGACAGCAAAGCAGGGUUUUUCGCUCUUAGUGAAGACAUUUCGGUCAUGAUGUUCUAAAAUGCUGAUAAGUUGCACAUCGGAGAAUCGUACAUGCCUCCCGACUUAGCCUUCUAACUAAUGAAAUCUAGUCCUGUGCAAGCACUGGGCAAUGUUCUCCAUUUGGUGAGGUCGCCGGCCAUUCACCCGUCGUCAGCCUGGAGUGCAUGCACAAUGGUGCAGGCUCGGGUGUAUCUGCCUUUAUAGAGGAAAUUUCGUUGUCUUCUGAAGUUGUGUCAGUUAGUCUAGUAUGGUGCAGAGAUUAAUUUGAAGCCAUUAUUAGUGUGAUAUUGUUCAAUCAAAAUAAAUGCUUAGAAGUGUUUGUGACAAAUAGCCUUUUGUAUGCUGCUCUGCACGGGUGCUGCUGUACAUUGUUCCUUUCUAGUAUUGCUCCAGAUCUAUGAAGUGCUUUUAGGCAUCUACCCUUCUAGUUUUCAUAUUCCUUUGAGUAACACUUAUUGUCGCUACAAGGUUUAUUCGAUUGAGAGUAUGCAUCAGUACGCAAAUAUUUUGUCUAUUCUAAUGCAUAGUGCUACCAUAUGUAGUCUUUCCCCAGUGAAGUGUGAAUGCCCGUUGAGCUACCAUAGUUGUCUCCAGACCAUUGCUACAGCUUCCGAACUAAUUGCUUAAAGGGCUUCCGCUGUCGUGAUGGUUUGCAUUGUUGCUGUUCCAAAAAUAAAUUGUUGUUGCUGAGACUUGUUCAAAUAAAAUGUGCAUUCUAUGUUAUU